AUGACCAGUGCAAGAGAGCACGAGCAACACAAAGUCGGCCGCUCCGGUGACUCCAUCCGGAUUGCCCGAGCCGAGAUAGAUGGCAAUCCAGGUUUAGCAUGCGAGUACUGCCGCAGCGAUCGGGAAGUUCCCAAAUGCUCUGUCUGUGCGAAAGCCGGACAGAACUGUAUAUAUCCUACUGGGCGGUUGAAAUCGGGCCCCAAAACUGGCUCUAUCCAAUCAAAACGAAGGCGGGCACGUCAAAAUCGUGCCGUCCAUGACAAUGACAACAACGAAAAUGGGGAAACUCAGCUUGUCGACGAAGAAUUGGGUCCUCGCUCAUAUGCACGCCCCCAACUCCUCCACUCGGGUGAUCACGACCUCAUUGGGAGCAGCAAUGCGUACAAUCAAGGAGACAACACCAUUCAGCAGCGUAAUGAAUGCUUUACACAGGUUCCUACACCUCCAUCACUAGAUCUUAGAGAAACCAGUGAGACGCUUUCCAGGAUUCCUGUGGAUAGAAUACCCCUUUCGUACAUUCUACAUCCAUCGCAUGAAACGAAUAUCACCACCCCGACCGAGAACGAUGUUGAAGAAUCAUCGAAGACGUUUAGUUCUGCUACAGACAAGACCAACCCCUUAACGGAUGUUUGUACCGCUUUGGGUAUAACCAUGGAAACCAGUCGCAUUCUGAUCAGUUCCUACUUCAAUAACAUGACUUUCUCGUCUCUGUUUCAUCAACCAUCUUUUGGCGCGAAGCUUAGAGGCCUCAAAUCCUCGGCGGAUCUCAAGGCACUCAUGGCGUCAAUGUUCUCCUACUCGGCACGAUUCCAAUCAGCACCAUGGCAGGAGAAAGGACUUCGAAAUGCCAUCAAACGCAGGCCGGAGAUACCGCUGCCAUCUACAUUUCAUGCGUUGGCGCUUGGCUUCAUAGAAGAUGCGUUAGACGAAUGCGGGGACGAAACGCCAUCACUGUCUCUCUUGCAGGCACUUAUAUUGACUACUUUCUACCAGCUCUCCGGGGGUGUACGUGGAAAAGCGUGGCGAUAUCUGGGCAUUUGCGUCCGAAUCGCUUAUGAAAGGAACCUACAUUUAGUUGAUUCUGGAGCAAUACAAAGGAGUAUCCCAGUAGGGAAGACCGAGAUCAUGAAAUGGUGUUUCGACGAGGAACGACGGAGAUCUUGGUGGGCAAUUUGGGAGAUGGAUGUGUUUGCCAGCACAAUCAGACGAUUGCCCACCGGAAUAGAUUGGGCGCAAAACAAGACGUUCCUUCCCGUCGACGACUCUUUCUGGUUCAAUCACCGCUAUCAAUCAAGCUGUCAUCUAGAGACCAAGCCGACGAACAGAUGGAAGGUGCUCCAAGAAAGUCGCAAUGAAAGCGCUCAAGCUUGGUUUGUUGUUGUGAAUUCACUGAUGAAAGAUGCUCAGGUUCUGUCGAACCCUGAAGCCGUCGUCCACCGCCAGCCGAACCUCACGAGUCAUGGGGAUGAUUCAAAGAUAGGGUUUACGAGUAUUAGCCAAGAGAGUCUGACCAUCAUUGAUCACACCUUGCGGUGCUACAUGCGUGCUUUGCCUGAGCCGCUCCAGUGGCAUGGAGAGUUUAUGGAUUUUAAGAUGGAAGAUCCUACCACUGGGCAAGAUUUGAGACGCACGCACAACUCAAUAUAUGAAAUCUACCUCAUGUGCCAAUUAACCAGAUUUAUGAUAUAUAAUCAGUAUGCAUUCGGGAAGGAUGGCAACCCCACAAGUAUUUGUAUCGGCAGCUACGAUCAAAGGGGUUCACAAAAUCUGGAGUCUACACGUCAAGGACAACUUCCGGAUAUGAAUGGCUUAGCUCACUAUCUGGAAGCUGCUGAUAAUGUCCUAGCCAUCACGAACUCCUGCUCGGACAACCAUAUCCGCUUCAUCAAGCCGUUUCUAGCUAGUACUAUCUGGGUAGCCGCUGCUGCUCAGCUUGUCUAUAAGAGGUUUGGUCCGAUCGACAGCAACCAAGAGCUUCUGGAAUCCAAAUUUGAUAUUUUGUUUAUGCAGUGUCAAGCUUAUACGAAACUUUGGGACACUCCGGAAGUGAUGCUUCACAACUUGAAGUCUUUAAGAGACCACCUAGAGAUUACUCCACGGGAGUCGUCAUCACCUAACUGCCAUCCUCGGGCAAGUAACGACAUUCAGGUUCGUGCCAAAAUUCCUAGCGAGGGAUCAAAUACUCGACUCGAGAACAGAAAGGGAAUAACUCCGGGCUCCGAAAGCCUACCUGCGAACAACAUAGACUUCAAUAAUCUUCACACAUCUCCGCAACAGAACAAUUUAACAAACCCCACCAUGCACAACCGCUUCUUCCCCCCCUCAAUAGACCAACUUGUACCAAACGAUUACACCAUUCCUCUCGGCGAUGAUAUACAAUCCAACAUUAACCAAAAUCAAUGUAUCGACAAUGUUACACAAGAGUUCGACAUGAGCAUGCUGUGUUUACCAGAAGAUUUGGGAGGGGUUAAUUUUGACGCAUUCUGGGACGGAACCGGGGAUAGCAUGGAACUUGAUUUCGAGACCACAGAAGUCGACCGGCCAUUCAGUCUCAAUGACUUAAUGUUUGACUGCUUUGCGAAGUGA